AUGGGUCUGCUGAAGAUCUUCACCAGGAGAUCAAGCAAGGCCAAACUUAAAGGACACGAUACGCAGUCCCACGUGGAGAUCCCUUCACAAGAACCUCAACAUGCACUCCAGCAUGAGCCAGACGUUCCAGCCACUUCAUCACAGCAACAGCCAGACUUGUCACCAAAGGCCCCGGACCCGUUAGACCAGUCCGAGACAUGGGACUCUGCCUCAGCCCCGGCUCCUUUUGUUCCUCGCCACCCGAGCCUUGUUGUUGAAGAGCGACCGCGGACUGCAGCUAGCAUUCGAAGUUUGAGUCGAGAUUGGUCACAGUUCCCAACCCGUCCGAAGCGGGAGCCGAGGAGACCACCCGUGUCCUUCAAGAAGCCCAGUCCUUUGGCCUCGAUAUCCAAUGCCUACGAGAACACAGCCCAGGCUGGGGAGCACGAGACCGAUAUCAACUCUCUACUGAGGCUGCGCAGAACCAAUGUCUCGAGAUCCAGCCUCGGGAGCAUAAAGUCAAAGGACAUCCUUGAUGCUCAAGAAGAGAUACGCCCAACCGAUUUCCGAAGCCGGGUGCAAGCGACCGGGGCACGGGACUACGGAGAGGAUGUAGCGGAUCGCAACAUCACUCGACACAGGGAUGGGACCCUCAGUCCUACACCAGAUCCUCGGCAGAUGAGCAACCGCACUAAGUCGCUCAGCUCCUCCAGCAUCUUCCCCCGUGUCACCGACCCCCGUGAUUUCCAGGCCCUGGGCCCCCCUUUGACGGAGGUGUCGUCGCCAGAGCCUGUUGAGCUACACUCAUUCUCGAGUCGCAACAAGCGGCGACUCUCCUUGAACACCUACGUCCCUACCGGCAUGGUAUCACCACACGCACCGAUAUCCGUCACGACAUCUCCCAAUUUAAUGGACGACGUUGCUUCCAAAGACUUUGCGCCUCCGGCUGAAAAUCCAGGGACAGAGACUGUGGCUCGACCAAAGGACCUGUCACCGACAACGAACAACUUUUCUCGCCCACGGUCACCCCGAAAUCUUCAGAUCGCAACUACGCAGGGGAAUAUAGCACCUUCUCAUAGGGACCAUGCCUUCGACGGCAAAAUUGCCGAGGUUCUAGCAUCUGGCAAUAGCGCAGAGAGUUUCAUCACGGCCAGCAACGGCCAGCACGGCAGUGACUGGUCCCCGGUCACGAAUCGGUCCAAGAACUUCAAUAUCGAUGACUAUGUCUCUUCUGACGACGACUCCUUCACAACCGAGACAAAGCGGGCACGAUCUACCGCUCAAGGUGAGGAGGAUCUGCUGUUCAAGCCCGGAUAUGGAAUCACGGGCGCAGCUCUGCCGGGCUUGGAAGCUCUCGGAGAGGAGGAUGAGUAUUCCACUGUCUCAACAAAGAACAACAGGAAUAAUUCAGUAUCAUCGGAUGGUUCAGUUGCCGUGGCAUCAAGUCCAAAAGACAACAGAUAUGGAACGCACCAGGAUUUAUCACCAGCGCUACGUCACGUGCGGAGCGAUCCUGAGGAACUUUACAUGAGCACCUUUGGGAGGUUUUCCAUGCGAGACCGUACGAGGCCCUCGACGGCCAAUCCUUGGGCGGCAAACGAUGAAGAUACAAAUGCAGCAGUGGAUCUUGACGAGUCUUAUACACCAUCUACGAGCAGCAUUGACAGCGACGAUCCUCGUUCUGACGGGGACUUAAGGUCCACAGUGGGCAGCCUCGGGGGUUUUCGACCACAGCGGAGCGAAAGCAGCUUCAGCGUGUAUUCCAUCGGCGGCACCGUUACGACAACCAUCACUGGCGGAGCCAACGCAAUGGAAAGAGAUACCUACGACGACGUGCGCGCGCCGCGACGAGGUCUGAAGCGACUCUCGGCGCUGGGGACCCUCUACGGAAGGAGUAUGGGCUCCUUCGGCUCGGCAGACCGGAGGCCCGCUACCACAUCAGACGGUGCAGCCAGAGGGGAGAUGAAGACGGCCGACAUCAUCAGACGGAGGAAGGAAGACAAGACAAGGAAAAGGUCAGACCUCGGUCUGAGGAGUAUCCGGGAAAAGAGAAUGACCGAAGCCUUUGGUCGUCCCGACAAUGAUGGAAUUGCGAGGCUGAGGGAGCACUUGAGAGACGACGAGGAGAUGUGGGAGCUUGAGAGCUAA